CGGGCUGCUGCAAGAUCCCCUCCCCCCCGGGCGCACCGUCCCCCCCUCAUUGUGCUUCGCUUUUCUCCUGCCCUGCGAGCAGCCUCUGGGGCACAUCCAUGGCAUGUCUGAUGGCAGCUUUCUCAGGGGGAGCCGCUUUGAAUGCCAGCAAUUCUUCAUCUGCUAUGCCUGAGCCAAAGUCUGUAUGUGUUUCAGUAGAUGAGGUGGUCUCCAAUGGCACAGAUGCACAAGAUGUCCAUUUACUAAACUGCCACUUGAAAAAGUUUGACAAUGCUUUGACAGAAGCCCAUCGUUUCUCCUACCUGCCCAGGAGACCAGCUGUGAACAUUGAAUUUAAAGAACUCUCAUACUCUGUCCAGGAAGGAUCAUGGUGGAGAAAGAAGGGUUUCAAGACCCUAUUGAAAGGAAUUUCUGGGAAGUUCAAUAGUGGAGAACUUGUGGCAAUAAUGGGUCCUUCUGGAGCUGGGAAGUCAACACUUAUGAACAUCCUGGCAGGAUACAGAGAGACUGGAAUGAAAGGAGAGAUCCUCAUCAAUGGACAGCCUCGUGAUCUGCGUUCGUUCCGCAAAGUGUCUUGUUACAUUAUGCAAGAUGACAUGCUACUUCCACAUCUUACUGUCCAAGAAGCCAUGAUGGUAUCUGCUCACCUGAAACUUCAAGAAAAAGAUGAAGGUAGGAGGGAGAUGGUAAGGGAGAUCUUGACGGCUCUGGGUUUGCUGCCAUGCUCCAAUACUAGAACUGGAAGCCUUUCCGGGGGCCAGAGGAAACGUCUUGCCAUUGCUUUGGAGCUAGUGAACAAUCCACCCGUUAUGUUUUUUGAUGAACCUACCAGUGGCCUGGACAGCGCAUCCUGCUUUCAAGUGGUAUCUCUAUUGAAGGCUUUAGCUCAGGGCGGCCGGUCCAUCAUCUGUACUAUACAUCAGCCCAGUGCCAAACUCUUUGAACUCUUUGAUCAGCUCUACGUUUUGAGCCAAGGGCAGUGCAUUUACUGUGGGAAAGUGUUAAACCUUGUGCCGUAUUUGAGAGAUUUGGGUUUAAAUUGUCCGACCUACCACAAUCCUGCAGAUUUUGUAAUGGAGGUUGCCUCUGGUGAGUAUGGAGACCAGAACAACAGGCUGGUAAGAGCAGUCCAAGAUGGAAUGUGUGACGCAGAUUACAAGAGAGACUCUGGAGGUGAAAGUGAACUUAAUCCCUUCCUGUGGCACAGACCAUCUGAGGAGGAUUCUUCAUCCACAGAAGGUUGUCACAGUUUCUCAGCCAGCUGCCUUACUCAGUUUUGCAUCCUAUUUAAAAGAACUUUUCUCACCAUAAUGAGGGAUUCGGUUCUGACACAUCUACGGAUCAUGUCACACAUUGGAAUUGGACUCCUCAUAGGGAUGCUGUAUUUGGGGAUUGGAAAUGAAGCAAAGAAAGUUCUGAGUAAUUCUGGCUUCCUCUUUUUUUCCAUGCUGUUUCUUAUGUUUGCUGCUCUCAUGCCAACAGUCCUUACAUUUCCUCUGGAGAUGGGUGUGUUUCUUAGAGAACAUCUGAAUUAUUGGUAUAGUCUGAAGGCCUACUACUUAGCAAAAACCAUGGCUGAUGUUCCUUUUCAGGUAAUGUUUCCUGUAGCUUAUUGUAGCAUUGUCUAUUGGAUGACAGCACAGCCGUCCGAUGCUGUACGAUUUGUCCUGUUUGCAGCACUGGGAACAAUGACAUCAUUAGUGGCUCAGUCUUUGGGACUUUUGAUUGGUGCAGCUUCCACCUCACUCCAGGUGGCAACAUUUGUAGGUCCCGUUACAGCGAUUCCAGUUCUCCUCUUCUCAGGAUUCUUUGUCAGCUUUGAUACUAUUCCAGGAUACCUCCAAUGGAUGUCUUACAUUUCAUAUGUCAGAUACGGGUUUGAGGGUGUUAUUCUUUCCAUCUAUGGCUUGGAUCGUGAAGAUCUCCACUGUGAUGAAGAAAUUUGUCACUUUCAAAAAUCAAAGGAUAUCCUUCGAGAGCUGGAUGUAGAAAAUGCAAAACUUUAUCUGGAUUUCAUCGUGCUUGGCAUUUUCUUCAUAGCCCUGCGCCUUGUUGCCUACUUUGUCCUCAGAUACAAAAUCCGAGCAGAGAGAUAGAAACAAACCCAUUGUGAGAACAUUAUUUGCGCAGUUGUGGACUGUAUUUCAUAUCUGAUGGUGGCUGCAAAGAUUCCAUACCCUGGUUGCAAAUGAAUUUGUGACUAGCCUGUAAAAUAUAUAUAUAUAGUGUGUUGGAUUAGAGGAUGCCUCGUUAUGGUAAUCAGUUCAGUUGGGUAUGGUCAUCUUCUUGUUAUACUGCUUGCCUUUAUCUGGGAAGACCUAGAAGGGAAUUUUGAAAUGUUGUUUUGAAUCUGCAAAAGUGUCAGUACUGAUCACAGGAACUUUCUUUCAUGGAAAAUGGUUUCUUGGAAGAUAGCUAUAGUCCUGACAGCCAAGUAGAAAAUGACCGGAGAUGGUUCAUCAUUAUUCUGUCAGCAACCAAGUGGAAAUGUGAAGAAUGCACCCAGACUUCAUUGCAAGUUUCCUGCAUUUUCUGCAAGUCCCCCCGUCCCCGCAACAUGAAAUCCUUCAUGAAGGCAGAAAUCCACACAUUUUAAUGCAUGGGUUUUUAAGAAUACAGGUAAUUUGGUUCUUAUUUACAUGCACAGCUCUAGAGCUUUAUUCUUAUGAGCUGGUCUCAUACUCCAAAAAUUUCAAUAUGAAGAUAAAAUGUCAAAUUCGUAGUAAAUGCUGGAAAAGGACUCCAGAGCAGAGAAGUCAUGCCUAUAAAUUGUCUGUCAAUAGUUUCUUGUAGCAUUCUGCUUUUGCAAUCUUCUUCAGUUUUCUUUUGAUAUUUGAAAGUCUUUAUUAUUCAAUUAACUGCCUCCCAUGAAUGCAGAAGCUAAGAAUUCCAGUUCCUGAAAAUAUAGAAUCAUACCUCAAAUCACAUUUGAAUGUUUUAAGGAAUGUUUUUAAGGAUUGUCCGUGGUUUAUAUCUUGACAGAAUUUGGUUGUGUUUGUGGCUUUACAUAGCAAUUUAAAUGAGAUCAGUAUCCACAUAAUAAACAUUGCUGGAGAAGAGUACAGGGUUGAUAAAGAUCUGAAGGUCACAUCAAGCUCAAAGCAUUCAGAUAAAGAAAAUGCUGACCUGCUGUUUUGUGCAGGUGACCCAGUAAAAGCCAGAACAGGAUAUAUUAGGCACCCUGCUGAGAUAGAUGUUUGUUAGCCUCCUAACAGAUUUUCCUAACUUAAGACUGAAAAUGUCAUCCCUCCUAGAGAGUUUCCUGUUAUGCUCUAAUAUGUUUAGGAAAUUGAAAUUGUUUAUACUGAUAGAAAUAAUUUAGCGUAAUAUUAGAGGAUACAGAUCUGCACCACUAAGAAUCUAUUCACAGGCAUUCAGGAACACUUAAGGACUCAUUUAUCCAAAAUUAACAGCAGUGUGUUUUGUACAAGUCACUUUGUACAAGAUACAAGUGAUGCUGUUCUUUCCUCAGAUUGGGAAGCUUCACUUUCUAGCCCUCACAUUUUUAUAUAUCAGAAUAAACAAGGAGUUUCCUGUUCUCUUCUUCCCACUCACCACCAGCCAACCAACCUAAAAUGUAUUUGCUGAGAUAUGUUCAGCUUUGAUGAAAUUCUCAAGACAAUGAUCACUUAAGCAGGAGAAGAAGAAGAAGAAGAGUUUGGAUUAAUACCCUCCUUUAUCUCCUGUAAGGAGACAAAUGGCAGCUUAUAAAGUUUUUUCCCUUCCUUUCCC